AUGGAGCGCAGAGCUUUAAGGGGCGCAAGAAGCUCCCCCUUUAGCUCCAUGCUACUCCAUGUGAUCCAUGCACUCCACGCCAUGCGAGCUGUGUUGAAACCUCAGAAGUUGCUCUGUUAUGUACAAACAUCAAGGCCAAGGGGAAAACUAGUAGUCAUGAGGUUCCUUCCGGUUGUCAUGGCGCUUCUGACCACAACUAUCCUGAUAAUUCUUAUUCUUUUUUAUAUAGUACAUUGUACAAGUACAAGUUGUGUUGAUGUUAUACCUCAGUUCGGGGUUAGAAGUAGUGUUGAUGUGAUACCUCACUUCGUUAUGAAUUAA